UGGUCUUCCGAUCUUGAGGAGGUUGUCUCAUUGGGAGAAGGUUCAAGGAGAUUCGACCUCCUGCCAGGAUGAUCAAGGUUGUUUGCAAGGACCGCCUGGGGAAGAAAGUACGAGUUAAGUGCAACACUGACGAAACCAUCGGGGACCUUAAGAAGCUGAUUGCUGCCCUAACUGGCACCCGCUGGAACAAGAUUGUCCUUAACAAAUUUUACAUGGUUUUCAAGGACCAUGUGUCUCUGGGGGAUUAUGACAUCCAUGGUGGAAUGAACCCGGAACUUUACUACCAGUAGAGAAGAUUUCCUCCUUCUGUCCUCUCCUCAUCUCCUAGCUUCACCUCUCCCAUUGCUAUGGAUGCUUGUUUUUAAAAACAUUAAGAUUUACAUGUU